CUGAUGAGAUUGUGGAGUGCGAGAGAAUAAAAAGAAACGAUUUAUUACACAACACUCGAAAAUAAACGAGACGAGAAUAAAGAAGAAAAGUUUCAUGUGAAAUGGUGACAUUAAUGCCUUGUAGUUAUUUAUCAGCUCCCCGCUGUGCUGGACUGAUUGAGAAAAUGAUAGAGAUUGAACCAAAGGUUAAGCGAGCUAAAACUGAGCCAUCAGAAACGAGUGAUAGAAAUCGAUUAUGUAGUUCCGAAGUAUCAGUUCAAAAUUAUUGCAGCGCAUCACCGCUGCUAGCUCAUAAUAUUUAUCAAAAUUCAUCAUCAAUUCCGUCAUCAAGUCAGUCAUUACUUCAUAAUCCAUACAGACAUUUGGUAGCCGCACAACAGCAAAACUCACCGACUUUAAUCGGUGGAUUGAAUUUAUCAGCGUCGUCAUCUGCAACAUCAGCGUUGACGCCACCUACAACAGUUCCAUCAUCAACACCUACACAGACAAUUACCACAUUAAGCAAUUAUAAUAAUAAUAAUCAUUUAUAUCAGCAUCAUAACUCGACGACGACUUUAUCUGGCAGUGGACACAACUCAAAACACAAUUCGUCAACAAGCAGCGGGACAUCAGCCGCUUUAACCCAUCAUCAUCCUACGCCUAUCGAAGGUUUAACAGCUUUAUCGUCGCUCGGAAGUUCAACAUUACAUCUCACUAAUUCUCUUUGUGGUGGCAGCUCAAAUUCAUUAACUGCAGCAGAAUUGGGAAUGUCACAUUGGCUCACUGAUGGAGGCUCAAAUUCUGUAAAAACAGAAAUAAAGAGUCCACCAACAAUUGUUGAUGCUAAUAGUAUUCCACUUGGUGCAUCGCAUUUAGAUUCAACAAUUUUUUGUUCAACUCCAGUCAACUUGGAUUCUACUCAGAGCUCAAACGCUUACGAUCAUAAACAAGAUUAUUAUAAUUAUUAUAACAGCAUGCAACAGUACACGCCGUCAUUUUAUUCAUCAUACGGAGCCCCGUACUCAGCAAAGAUUCCGUCUUCAUCGAAGAUUCCGUCGCCAAAUACUUAUCUGCCAUCAAGUUACGCUACAAACAAUAAUUCAGCACAACUUUAUCCAACAUAUUCGAAUAAUUAUUUCGGAGCAUCGUUUGGAGCAUCGCAACAAGAUUACUCGGGAUACUACAAUGAUCAGUACAAUACUUAUUACAAUGCUAAUUAUUCACCUUAUGUGAGUUCGCCAGGUUCGAGUAGCAGUCAAAAUUUUCAUAUCGCAGCACUUCCUGAAAGUCCAUCAGAGACUCAACCAGGAACACCAUCAGGUCUCGGGCAUUCGCCACAAUCACCUUUAUCAAUCUCACCAAAUACUAACAACCAUACUUCGAAUGCUAAAACAACGCCUACAACUAAAGCGAAGGCACGUGGACGAAGACAACAGAAUUCAAGUCCCACACGUUCUGCUUUAAAUGAUACGCCGUCUGUAGAGAGUGUGAAGCCGCCGGAGAGAGUCUUCAUAUGGGAUUUAGAUGAGACGAUUAUUAUUUUCCAUACGCUAUUGACUGGCAACUACGCGCUUCGCUACAACAAGGAUCAAACAUUUGCUUCUCAAUUAGCUUAUCGAAUGGAAGAACUCAUAUUCACAAUGGCUGAUACUCAUUUCUUCUUUAACGACAUCGAGGAGUGUGGCCAAAUUCACAUUGACGAUGUGUCGUCAGAUGACAACGGACAGGAUUUGAGCGCCUACAACUUUUCCACUGAUGGAUUCCAAUCUGGAACAACACAAGGAGCACCGCCAAAUAUUUGCUUGCCAAAUGGAGUUCGUGGUGGUGUGGAUUGGAUGAGAAAACUAGCAUUUCGUCAUCGAAAAAUAAAGGAAAUUUACAAUAGCUAUAGAAAUAAUGUUGGCGGAUUACUGGGACCGAAACGUGAUCAAUGGCUUCAAGUGAGAAAUGAGAUUGAAAUUAUCACCGAUAAUUGGGCGACAUUGGUGACGACUUGUUUGAAUAUGAUUACGCAACGUGAAAAUUACGUCAAUGUUCUUGUGACGACAACUCAGUUGGUUCCGGCAUUAGCGAAAGUUAUGCUUUUUGGGCUUGGCGGUGUUUUUCCUAUAGAAAAUAUUUACAGUGCAGCAAAAAUAGGUAAAGAAUCGUGCUUUGAGAGAAUUGUGACAAGAUUCGGUCGGAAAAGCACUUACGUCGUCGUAGGCGAUGCACAAGAUGAGAAAAAAGCUGCAAAUAAUCUCGGAAUGCCAUUCUGGGAAAUAUCGUCACAUAAAGAUAUUAAAGCUUUAUACACAGCACUUGAAAUGGGUCUUUUAUGAAAUGGCACUUCUUUUGCACAUAUUCCAUGUGAAUACUUCCUGUACGUUUGUUAAAUCACUACAGUAUUAAACACUAAAUAAUGACAACAUUUGAUAAAACGUCGUUCAAAGUUAUUUUAUGCUCUAAACAAAUGCUCAAAAAAGAAAUGGAAUGAAAAGAUGUUUAAUGAAAUUAGCGACUGUACUAACUUUUCUUUGUUUUUGCAUAAAUGAACCAGUGGAAAUAUUUUAACUGUCAAUCUUCUUUCAUUGCAACCAAAACUAUUUCACCUCUUCUUACAAGCUUAGAUUUAAAUCAAAGGAAAUCAUUUGAACAACGCACUUUAAUUUUAAAAUGGUAGAAAAUAUUUACUGCUUAGUUAUGUAAGUUAAGAUUGAAACAAAACAAAAAAAUGUAAAUAUAAAGAAAUGAAAAGUGAAUUGAUUGAAUAGCCAAAUUUUAGUUAAUUAACUAAUGUCUUAAGGAUACUGUAACUUUCUUUUCCUUAAAAUAAACAAAAGAGAAUCAAC